GGCCGACCAUUUACCCGCUAAAAUAUCCACCUUUCUUGACGCCGUGCUUCGACGCUCGAUCCUUCUUUUCAGAUAAAUCGGUUGCUCCCUGAAAGCUUCCGUGAUCUUUCCUGCGCCGGAACGACGGACGUGAGCAAGAAGGACAUGAGGCGUUGCGGAGCCAAGGGCAGGAUCCGGGUCACCGGGUAACCCAGAUGAGGUUCCUUGCCGCCUGCAUUCUCGCCCAAUGGCGCUGUCUCCCCGCCGAUCUCCGACCAAUGACGCGCCAUCUUUUCAACCCACGAUUUACUCGGCGCGUAUGAGAGUCGCGUGCUCGCUGUCUCCGCAGAUUUAAGCCUGUUCCUUGGCGGGCAGGAUCUCCGAGGCGUCUGCCUUUUACAAAUUUUCCGCGACGUUUUCGCCGAUUUUUUCCUAGACGUAUUAUCAUUGCUCGCGAGAGUUACCGUUUUCGAUUGUUCGUUUGUUUGUUUGUUUGUUUGUUUUUUCUUUCCCUUUUUUCUCUCCAUUCUCUUACCUUAAUCGAUGCAGUUUUCCAUUUCGAUCGGUGCUUUGCACGGCUACGAUUUAUUUUUCUUUGUUUUAUAAGUUGUUUGAAGUUCGUUUUGCUUCUCUUCGAGUUCUUUUAUCGGGUCCUUUCAAACUCGAGGUAUCAGGUCGAUCGGUAUUUCCGUGAAAAGAUAAUCGAAAAUAAGUAAAUAAAUCUUAAACUGACAAUUAAGGAAUUCCGGUAAAAUACAAGAAAUUAACAUGAAUCUUGCGGUGAAGUUUUUCGUCGUAUGCUCAGUGAUGGUAACCGUGUCUUCGGCAGGAAUACUUGAUACUUUGCUUUCCUGGGGCCUGGCUGAAACCGAAGCUCGAUCGACGACGCCGCCGCCGCCGUCCAAGUGUCUCUGUCAAGCUUCCGGCUGCCUCUGCUGCGUCGACCUUAAUCUGACCGCGGCCAUUGACCUGGGAGGUCCUGUCUGCCUCAACAUUAAACAGAAGGAGGAAAAUGUCACCCUGAACAUGAGCUUCGGGGAGAACGCGAUGCACAACGCGACGAUUCGCAUUGCCGAGGCGGCGAACAAACGGACUUGCAUGAACCUUCUCUCGGAUUUGGCCCAACUCUGCGCGACAUUUACGACGGUGAAAGAGGCGGCUUCCGGUUACGACGGAUGUUUGGCCGUGGAACCAGAGCUCCUGAGCACGACGCAGGCGGUUUACCAAAUCGGUUGCUUCAAUUUCAACCAGGACAACAUUCGACAGCUCGACACGACAGCGGCAGAGGCACUGAUGUCUACGGAAGUUCCGGAGACCUCCGAGGCCCCGGAAGUCGAGGAAGGUGGAUCGGGCGACGACGAGGACUACAACCUGAACCCCGACGAGCUGAUCGCAGCGGUUUCAGCGAGCGCCGAGCAGGGAAUCGCGUUGUUCUCGCAGUGGCUGGGCCUGAACUUAAACCCGAGCCUGAACCAGACGAAACCGUCGAUCGAAGAGGCUGCGGGUUCGUCGCGGGGGGCGCGAAAGCUGCAAGGCGACGUUCAAAGGGAGGCGAUGAAGAGCGAGGAGCGUUUCAAGCAGAUCCUUAGCGCCCAGGACAACAUCCAGAAGGAGUCGCCGAGGCUGGGCCAAGUGCCGGACGUUGAGACGACCUACGUCUACACGGAGCCGCAGCCACCGCACCCCGGAAGUCUGGCUUCCGUCGUCGAGCCCGAGGCCGUAAAGCAACCGGAAGUACCGCUGGGAGGGCUGGCCGUUGUCCCGAGGGAGUCACGUAGGGGUGGACGCGCCUACAACAUCCAUCAGCACGUCAACGAGAUUUAGAGAUUUUUUCUGCGG